AUGGACGAGGACAUGGACGAGGUCGAGGACAAGGGCAAGUCCAAGGAUAUGGACGAGAACCAGGAUAUGGAGGAAGUCAAAGACGAGAACGAGGACGAGGACCAGGAUGAGGCCCAGGCGCUGAUCAACGGAGGCGAGGCUGGCACCUUCGACUACGCCUUCAUCGACGCCGACAAGACCAACUACCUCAACUACUACGAGUUAACGCUGCAACUGCUGCGCGUUGGCGGCAUCCUGGUCGCCGACAACGCCCUCAGAGGCGCCAGGGUGCUGGGGGAUGAGGACGCCAUGGACGAGAACACGCGCACCAUCCACGAGAUGAACAAACGGGCCUCCUCAGACCCACGAGUCCACGCCAGCCUGCUCAACCUUGGCGACGGCGUGUUGUUUUGCCGACGCGUCAAAUAA